CCACCAUGGCAAGACCAAUCUAUCCAAAUCAGCAAAAAAUUGCUGAAAAAUUAAUUAUCCUGAACGAUCGUGGUUUGGGCAUCUUGACUCGAGUCUAUAACAUCAAGAAGGCUUGUGGUGACACGAAAUCAAAACCCGGGUUCUUAUCGGAAAAAUCCUUGGAAUCUUCAAUCAAAUUUAUUGUCAAGAGAUUCCCCAACAUUGAUGUUAAGGGUUUGAAUGCGAUUGUGAAUAUUAAGGCGGAGAUCAUUAAAUCGUUGUCGUUGUAUUAUCACACCUUUGUGGAUUUAUUGGAUUUCAAGGACAAUGUGUGUGAGCUACUGACCACCAUGGAUGCUUGCCAGAUACAUUUGGAUAUAACGUUGAAUUUUGAAUUGACCAAAAACUAUUUGGAUUUGGUGGUGACCUAUGUCUCGCUGAUGAUAUUGCUCUCACGUGUGGAAGAUCGUAAGGCAGUGUUGGGUCUGUAUAAUGCCGCCUUUGAGCUGCAAAAUAAUGCCUCAGAUGCCGGAUUUCCCCGGCUGGGCCAAAUGAUCUUGGACUAUGAGGUGCCGUUGAAGAAGUUAUCCGAGGAAUUUAUACCACAUCAACGUCUGCUGACAAAUGCCUUGCGCUCCUUGACAACGAUUUAUCCAUUGCGGAAUUUGCCAGCCGAUAAAUGGCGUGAAAUGCAAAAACUUAGCUUGGUGGGUAAUCCAGCGAUUUUGCUUAAGGCGGUACGCACCGACACCAUGUCAUGUGAAUAUCUAUCCCUUGAGGCAAUGGAUAGAUGGAUUAUUUUUGGUUUAAUGUUAAAUCAUCCAAUGUUGGGUCAAUAUCCGGAGGUGAAUAAAAUUUGGUUAUCCGCUUUGGAAUCGAGUUGGGUUGUUGCCCUGUUCCGUGAUGAGGUUUUGCAGAUCCAUCAGUAUAUUCAAACAUUCUUUGAUGGUAUUAAGGGUUACAACAAACGUAUAAGUGAGGUCAAGGAGGCCUAUUCAAAUGCGGUACAGAAAGCCGCUCUCAUGCAUCGAGAGAGAAGGAAGUUUUUGCGUACCGCCCUCAAGGAGUUGGCAUUGAUUAUGACCGAUCAACCGGGUUUGCUGGGACCCAAGGCCAUUUUCAUAUUUAUUGGUUUAUGUUUGGCCCGCGAUGAAAUCUUGUGGCUUCUGAGGCAUAAUGAUAAUCCGCCGCUGCUAAAGAAUAAGGGCAAAAGCAAUGAGGACCUUGUGGAUCGCCAGUUACCCGAGUUGCUCUUCCACAUGGAAGAGUUACGUGCUUUGGUACGCAAAUAUAGCCAAGUCAUGCAACGCUACUAUGUCCAAUACUUGUCUGGCUUCGAUUCCACCGACUUGAAUAUACGCAUGCAAAGUCUACAGAUGUGUCCCGAAGAUGAAAGUGUUAUCUUCUCUUCGCUCUACAAUACCGCCUCGAAUUUGACCGUUAAGCAAGUAGAAGAUAAUGAACUAUUCGACUUUAGGGCCUUCCGUUUGGAUUGGUUCCGUUUGCAAACAUACAUGAGUGUGGGCAAGGCAGUUUUACGCAUUCAAGAGCAUGUCGAAUUGGCUCGCCUGUUGGACUCAAUGGUAUUCCACACCCGAGUCGUCGACAAUUUAGAUGAAAUCCUAGUGGAAACAUCCGAUUUAAGUAUAUUUUGUUUCUAUAGUAAAAUGUUUGAUGAUCAAUUCCAUAUGUGUUUGGAAUUUCCGGCACAAAAUCGUUAUAUCAUUGCCUUCCCCUUGAUUUGUAGUCAUUUUCAAAAUUGCACCCAUGAAAUGUGUCCCGAGGAAAGGCAUCACAUACGUGAGCGUUCGCUGAGUGUGGUGAAUAUUUUCCUUGAAGAAAUGGCCAAAGAGGCGAAAAAUAUUAUCACCACAAUAUGUGAUGAGCAAUGUACCAUGGCGGAUGCUUUGCUGCCCAAACAUUGUGCCAAAAUUUUAUCAGUACAAUCGGCACGUAAAAAGAAAGAUAAGUCGAAGAAACAAUUUGAUGAUAUACGCAAACCAGGCGAUGAAUCAUAUCGUAAGACCCGAGAAGAUUUAACCACCAUGGAUAAAUUGCAUAUGGCCCUUACGGAACUGUGUUUUGCCAUUAACUAUUGUCCCACAGUGAAUGUGUGGGAAUUUGCCUUUGCCCCACGCGAAUAUUUGUGUCAAAAUUUGGAACAUCGUUUCUCCAGGGAUUUAGUGGGUAUGGUUAUGUUCAAUGCGGAGACAAUGGAAAUUGCUAAACCCUCCGAACUAUUGGCAUCGGUUAGGGCAUACAUGAAUGUUUUGCAAACGGUUGAGAAUUAUGUGCAUAUCGAUAUGACCAGAGUGUUUAAUAAUUGUCUGCUGCAGCAGACCCAGGCCUUGGAUUCGCAUGGUGAGAAGACAAUUGCGGCGUUGUAUAAUACGUGGUACAGCGAAGUCCUUUUGCGUCGCGUUUCGGCCGGCAACAUUGUGUUUAGCAACAAUCAAAAGGCCUUUGUACCCAUUUCCCCAGAGGGUUGGGUCCCAUUCAACCCUCAAGAAUUCUCCGAUUUAAAUGAAUUACGUGCUUUGGCCGAAUUGGUGGGCCCUUAUGGCAUAAAAUCUCUCAACGAAACCCUUAUGUGGCACAUUGCCAACCAGGUACAAGAACUAAAAUCUCUGGUCGGUGUUAACAAAGAGGUCUUGAUAACCCUGCGCACCAGUUUCGAUAAACCCGAAGUAAUGAAGGAGCAAUUUAAACGUCUACAAGAUGUGGAUCGUGUUCUGCAGCGCAUGACCAUAAUUGGCGUGAUUUUAUGUUUCCGCAAUUUGGUCCAUGAGGCUUUAGUGGAUGUAUUGGAGAAACGUAUACCCUUCCUUUUGAGUUCCGUUAAAGAUUUCCAAGAACAUUUACCGGGUGGAGAUCAAAUUCGGGUGGCCUCUGAAAUGGCCUCCGCUGCAGGUUUAAUGUGUAAAGUAGAUCCCACAUUGGCGGCCACUUUAAAAUCUAAAAAACCUGAAUUUGAUGAGGGUGAACAUUUAACGGCCUGCCUGCUAAUGGUAUUCGUGGCCGUAUCCAUUCCCAAGCUAGCACGUAAUGAUAGUUCAUUUUAUCGUGCCUCUAUUGAUGGUCAUUCCAAUAAUACCCACUGUAUGUCAGUGGCCAUAAAUAAUAUUUUUGGAGCUUUGUUUACAAUUUGUGGUCAAAAUGACAUUGAAGAUCGUAUGAAAGAAUUUUUAGCCUUGGCCUCUUCAUCGCUAUUGCGUUUGGGUCAGGAGUCGGAUCGCGAUGCAACACGUAAUCGUGAAUCCAUUUACUUGCUACUCGAUGAAAUUGUCAAGCAAUCACCAUUUUUAACAAUGGAUCUAUUGGAAUCAUGUUUCCCAUAUGUUUUGAUACGUAAUGCCUAUCAUGCUGUCUACAAGCAGGAACAAAUAUUGGGACUUUAA